AUGGCAGCUCUAAGUGGCAGUAUGUCAAAACUUCACAGAAAAGUAGCAUUAGUUAUAGGCAAUCAAAGUUAUAGCAAGAGGCCGUUGACUAACUCUGUGAAUGAUGCCAAUGAUUUAGCUGAUGCCUUGCGUACAAUUGGCUUUGAAGUUACUUUGGGUGCUGAUUGUACACAUCAAAAAAUGGCUAAUUUGAUCGACAACUUUGCUGAUAAAAUUCAAGAUCAAGAUUUAGUAAUGUUUUAUUUUGCUGGUCAUGGUUUUCAAUAUAAAGAGCAAAAUUAUUUAUUGCCAGUUGAUGCAGAUGAAAAAAUAGCGAGAGAAACAAACAUUAAAUUUAAUUCAGUUAAUGCUCAAGAAACUUUAGAAAGCUUGUCAUCACAAACGUCAUAUGUCACUAUUUUUAUUCUGGACUGUUGCCGUGAAUAUCUGUUUGAUGAUACAAGUAAAUUUCGAGGUCCAAAAAGUAGUGGUUCGGGAUUGCACGCAAUGAUAGCACCAGGAGGCACUCUUCUUCAGUUUGCUUGUGCUCCUGGUAGCUUGGCAGCAGAUGGAGGUGGUCAAGAUAGGAAUGGAUUGUAUACGAAACAUUUAUUGAAACAGAUUGCCGUUCCAAAUCAACAUAUAGAUUUGAUCUUUUCCUCUGUUGGUGCUGAGGUUUAUAAAGAAAGUAAAGGAAAACAGAUGCCAUACCGCGUUAGUUCAAUUAUGAUUGCUGAAAAUAUUUAUUUAAAUUCCAUCGAUGCUGAUCCUGCACGGUCGCCAUCCGUAUCUUCAGAACGAAUUUCAGCUCCAGGAAUGCUUCUCACAACAAAUGACAAGCAGAAUCCGCAACCGACCUCGCCGAAACCAUCAUAUUCAGUCAAUAUUUCUGCUAAUGCUGAAUGGAAACAGAAUGGUGUGACUGUUGCUGGAGGUCACGGGGAAGGGCGUGCCACUAAUCAACUCUACUCCCCUCAUGGUCUCUUUGUUCAUGAUGAUCAAACAGUAGUUAUUGCUGACUGGAGGAAUCAUCGUAUCGUGCAAUGGAAGAACGGUGAUACAACGAAUGGACAAGUUGUUGCUGGUGGCAAAGGUCAAGGAAGAGGAUUGAAUCAAUUGAAUGGUCCAACUGAUGUCUUAAUUGACAAAGAGACGGAUAGUCUCAUUAUUUGUGAUCAAGGGAAUCGACGAGUUGUACGAUGGCCUCGUCGUAGUGGUACAACACAAGGUGAAUUACUCAUCGACAACAUCUACUGUUAUGGAUUAGCAAUGGAUGAGCAGAGAUAUCUCUACGUUUCCGACACCGGAAAACAUGAAGUAAGACGAUAUCAAUUGGGUGAGGAGAAUGGCACUGUCGUAGCUGGUGGAAAUGGACAAGGUGAUGGUCUCAAGCAACUUAACGGACCGGCAUAUCUUUUUGUCGAUCGACAACAGAAUGUCUACGUGUCAGACUACUCGAAUCAUCGUGUAAUGAAAUGGAAUAAAGACGCAAAAGAAGGUAUUGUGCUCGCUGGAGGACAAGGCUACGGGAAUGUUUUGACACAAUUGGAUCGGCCUAAUGGACUCUUCGUUGAUGCGUUGCGUACACUCUAUGUAGUAGACUCGGGGAAUCAUCAUGUAAUGCGUUGGACUCGAGGAGCGAAACGAGGUACUGUAAUUGUGGGUGGAAAUGGUCGAGGACCAGGAGCAAAUCAGUUCCACGUCCCCAUUGGUUUAUCUUUCGAUCGACAUGGCAAUCUCUUUGUCGUCGAUUAUAAUAAUCAUCGUGUUCAACGAUUUUCUAUCGAAAAGGACUUGUGA